GACGUAAUAAAUGUUGUCAUAGAGACAAGUCUUUGAUGUCGAAUAGAACGUUUGACGUCACCGAACAUAUAAAAAGGCUUGCCGGGGCAAAUAUUCUUCACACACUGAUUCUCUGAGCAAAGGCUACAGAUAACGACUAUACUCUCCUGACUUUGCUGUCAUCAAUAUCAAAUAUCUACCACACGUCUGUUCAAAAAACAAGUCAAGCAACUGCUGACCGUUAUUGAAUAGACUUGAAGACAUUAAUAUCAUGUCUGAUUCGAGUGAUCCCCAGACCAGCAGGGGUGGGAUUUUGCGAAAGCAGAAUUCUGCCCCUUCAGGUAAUCGGGUGACCUUCGCUCGUCCGGUGGCUGCACCGGAUGUGGAAUUGAGGCGUUCAGUUGGCAGAUGGUCUUACAGUAUGUCUAGACCAGCGCAGGGGCCAGAAAUGAGAAACUGGGGUGUACUAGAUCCACAACAGAUAUGGUGCGUCUCUCCAAACUCAUAUUAUCCAAAGAUGUUUGUCCUUCUGAGGAAAGCAGAUGAGGUUAAGUUGGUCCCUGCAGCUGGUAGACGUAAGAUGACAACAGCCGAGAUGCGCAGUAUCUUGAGUAAAAUGGAAGCCAGACGAAGGGCCGCUUUAUACUCUGGUGAGGAGCAAACUUUGGCCCUUCUACAGAUGUUGAGAGAUACGAUACGGCGCCAUAGAGCUGAGGAAUGGAAUAAGAUCUGGUCCUCAUCAGCUGAAAGGCUCGAAAAGCUCAUUGCAAGCAGUGGGGAGCGAGAUGCUCAGCAGAGGUUGUGUUUCUCUGCCCCCGCAGCUUUGCAAAUGUGGGCUGAUGAUGAUGAGUGGGUCCCUGCAGCUGUGUCUACAACAGCUCAGGGGCAAGAACUUACAAGCUGCGGUAAGCAAGAUUCACAACGGAGGUUGUGCGUCUCUGCACCCGCAGUUUGUGAGACGAGGUUUGUCCUUCCGGGGACGGUUGACGAUGAGGAGUGGAUCCCUGCAGUUGUGUCUACACCUGCAGCGGAUCAAGAGAGCAUUGAGGAGGAGAGAAGCUUACCAGAACCAAAACCAAAAAGCCGGAAGAAAAUCCGUGCUUUCUUGGCAAGAGCAUUGCGGGCUAUCAAAAAAGCCUGCUGUUGCUGUGGAAAUGAGGAUGAAGUGGAGCCCUUUGAUCCUCAGGUGCCCGUUUAGAUAAAGCUGACUUGUAGAGGGGUUCUGGAAUUGAGCAAACGGGUUUUCAAGAACCACCCUAUUGCCGGUCAGGUUCGUCAUCCUUGGAUUUAUCAGCUUUCCAAGAAGCAGCUGAUCAUAUGGUCCAUUCGACCAUGACCCAUGUGCUCCGGGAGAUCAGCUGAUUUUAAGUCGGGUAUUUCUUACCUGCACCCAGCUCGUGAACAACACUGGCAGAAUAGUCCCAUCGGACUCGAGCCGGCGAGCUUGUUUCCUUGGAGACAUGCCAGCUCCAAGAAGAGGAUGAUCCUAAAUGUGGUCCUUUCGACCAUGAGCGUCAUGCUCAACCGGAUCAUGCUGAUAAGUCAGUCAGGUUUAUGUGACCUGCACCCAGCUCGUGAACAACACUGGCAGUAUAGUCCCUUCGGACUCGAGCCGGCGAGCUUGUUUCCUUGGAGACAUGCCAGCUCCAAGAAGAGGAUGAUCCUAAAUGUGGUCCUUUCGACCAUGAGCUUCAUGCUCAACCGGAUCAUGCUGAUAAGUCAGUCAGGUUUAUGUGACCUGCACCCAGCUCGUGAACAACACUGGCAGUAUAGUCCCUUCGGACUCGAGCCGGCGAGCUUGUUUCCUUGGAGAAAUGCCAGCUCCAAGAAGAGGAUGAUCUUAAAUGUGGUCCUUUCGACCAUGAGCGUCAUGCUCAACCGGAUCAUUCUGAUUGUCAGUCAGGUUCUUCUUACCUGCACCCAGCUCGUGAGAAACACAGGCAGUAUAGUCCCAUCGGACUCGAGCCGGCGAGCUUGUGGAACCAGACUAUUGCCAGUCUGGUUCAUCAACCUUGGACCUAACAGCUUUCCAAGAAGCAGCUGAUUGGUCAGGUUCAUCUAGCCUCAUAAGCAAUAAUGAGAGUGAGUAUAAUGUUAUUAUGUUCAGAUUUGUAUUGUCGGCUUUGUUGCCCUUGUUAACUGUAUCUCUCCUUGAUUGAUUCAAAUCUCUGUCCAGUUUUGGUAAUACAUCCAUUUACACGCCAAGAAGCAGCUGAUAGUCAACAUGGUCCAUUUGACCAGGAUCAGAGUGCUGAAGAUCAAGAUGAUCCUCGGGAAGGUUCAUCCAGCAUGAAGUCAAGUGAUGGUGAAAG